AGUGAGUGAGUGAGUGAUAAGGUUGUCACACAUGGUCACUCAUGAUCGCAUUAUUAAAAACACCAUAACCAACAAUAUUUUAUCAUAAAGGGUAAAGCUCACAAUGCAUAAGUUAUUACAACAAUAGAUUAUUGUAGUAGUAAACUAGUCAUACAGUAUAUAAAUAUACAUACAAAAGGAUAAUUUAUUGUACACUGGUUUUUGUUAAAAAAAAAACAACCAAAAUGCCAUUUAUGAUUGGUAGAGCACCUAUACGAAGAACAUUAAAUUAUUUAAAUGCUGGUACAAUAAUAUUGAAAGACGAAAUACAAAUAUUUUCUAUUAAUUACAACAUACGUGGGAAUCAUCAUCAAGGAAUCAAGGAUUUCAUAUUUUGGCAUAUUUCACAGCUUCAAUAUAAAAAUCCAAAAGUGCAAGUUAUUACUUUUAAAAAUAUGACACCAACACCUUUCAUAAAAUGUUACUAUGAAAAUGGAAACACUAUGUUAAUUGAUGUAGAUGACAAAUCCAAAGAUGAAAUACUAAUGCAUCUCAGACGUGUAGUUUGUAAAUCAAAAGAACUUCAGAAAGAAGAAAGUAUCAAGAAGGAAAAGAAAGAUAAUCCCGCAAAUUUUGGUGUUGGUUGUUCACGAACCUGUAUUUGUGUAGUACCUGGUCAGAUACCAUGUCCAGCUAUAGUACCUUUACCAUAUCAUAUGCGUGGAAAAUACAAAUUUCAAAAGAAAGAUAACUAACUCUGAUGUAAAACUUAUUUCAUAAAUACAAUAGGAAUCAUUAUAUUAAACUCAUAUUCAUCACUAA